CGAAAGUAGUCGCUGGAGCAAACCCUAACCUGCCUCCGGAAGAUGGAGGCGUUGGAUCUGGAGGUGAAGCGGGGUGAGAGCGAGCAAAGCCAUGAGAGGUCGGAUCUGGAGACGACUGUCGCUGCUGAAAUGGUUAGCGGCGGCGAUGCUAAGAGGCCGCGCAAGGGCAACAACGACCACCACGCCAUGGAGGUGGUGGAGGAGGAGGAGGAUGGGGAGAUGGGGGCAUACGAGAUCUUUGAGAUCCACCGCAAGGACUGGAUAGCUAGUUAUGGCAAGAACGACGCUGCCGCCUUCUACAAACCGACCGAGCUGCUUCCCAUGCGUCACACGGAUGGCCCAGUGAUACCUUUCUUCGUGACGCCUAUGGACACCAUGGAGAUUUUCUUGGUCAAGGUGGCUCAUCUCACUGAUGGACUCCAGUGGCCUCUGGACGUCUAUGGCGAUGUUGCCGUGCGCGAUUCCCUGGACUGGAAGCGCAACUACCUCUUCUGCCGCGACAGGAACAAUUGCCAGACGCUCACUUCAUCGCAGGACUCACUCUUGGAACUUACAGGCCCUAGCCGUGCAGUCAUGCUUCUAGACGGACCUAUCUUCGAGAUCGACCUCAAAGUGAAGGGCAAAGGCAGCUCAGCAUUGUCUGAGGACGACAAGGUUUUAUGCUUGGAUUACUUCGGGUACAACUGCAUCGCUUACCGUGGAUCCUCCAGCUACGCCAAAACGAAGGAGGUACCAAGCGAGAGCUGCGCGAUGGAGUUCAGGUUCGCACACAUCAUAAACUCCGUGGAGGCGACAGUCACCGCCCACAUCACCAACGCGUCGUGCAGCUUCAGCGCGCGUUUCAGCGCCCACACCACGAGCAUAGGCGAGGACGUGGUGCUGCUGGACACCCGUGGACAGGAGGUGGUGCCCGUCAAGGACGACGGGGAGAUCACGCUGCGGCGCCGUGUCGUCGUCGUCGAGGACCACCACCAGGGGCAGCUGAUCCUUGGCCUGGAUGCGGUGCUGUUCGGUGGUGAUACUGGUGAGACCACUGCUGUUUCGCAGAAGCUCACUUAUUAUCCCAGGUCGGCCUUGAGAAGCGUAGCUUAUUUUGAUGUUGGUUUGGUUAGGAUCAAAAUGUGCGUCGCCUGGUCACUGCUUCCUUGAGAGUAGGGUAAUUCGUGGGUUAUGGCCACUGACAAAACCUGUAAACAUAUAUAACCUUUGGAGGCCACUGCUUGCAUUGCUUAGAUAAGUCAUGGCACUUAUUA